AUGAGUGGCAUCCAUCGGUUUCUGACACGUCGUGAUCGGCACAAUAAGUUGAACAAGCAAAGCAAAGAAGAGGCAUCUAAUAUACUUUCGCGUCCUCUACUCCAUGGAAUAUUCAAGUCAGAGACGACCCUGGCUGAUAAUGAUGAGCAUGAGAAGAAGGUCAGAGCCCUUGCUCAACGGCUUAAACAAGUUGGAAUCACCACGUUAGAGGAAGAGCACAUGAGUUAUGCAUUGCGAACCGUGCAAGGCGACACAGAGAAGGCAUUUAGCCUGCUACUUCUGCUAGAGGACUCGAUCGAGGGAAUCAUCAGGAAUUACACACCCAACACCAAGCUCCUAGGCGCAGAGAACCGCCAAGGAGUCACAUGCUACUUGGACGCGUUGUUGUUCGCCAUGUUCGCACGCCUCGAUUGCUUUGAGGCCAUUCUUUACAAAUCAUUUAAUGAUGAGCCUCGUAAAAAGCUUGCAGUCCUUCUGAGACUAUGGGUGAAUCUGCUGCGAUCAGGAAAACUCAUCACCACAGACAUGACAAAGCACCUGCAGGAUGCCCUAGCAGAAUGUGGCUGGGAAGACGCGGCCAAACUUCAGCAACAGGAUGCUUCAGAGGCAUUCACUUUCAUUACUGAAAAGUUGGAGCUUCCAUUGCUGACUUUGAAGAUGGACAUCUAUCAUACUGGAAAGGAGGAUGAAAGUGAUGACCAUAAGUUUAUCAAUGAGAGGCUUCUCGAGGUUGCCAUACCGCCCGAGCCAGCUGAUGGACACUCACUCACACUGGAAGAUUGCUUGGAAGCUUACUUCAAUAACAUGAUUGAAGUUAAACGACACAUGGAACGACGUAACACCACUAGCUCAGUCAGAUCAAUGGAUUCACUCUCUAUGUCCAAGGGGUCCACCUCACAUGUCGAAACAGUGGAGAUCGAGACCACGCCCACCAUGACCCGCGCUCAAACAAAUACACCCCGGGUGGAAAAACCAAACCCCUGGUCAUCGUUCACCGAGUUCACUGAAUCUCUCGAGGCAUCUCGGUCACCUGGUCGACGUGGUAGUAUUGUUCGACAGCGGUUCUUUCCCGAUUCGAGUGACGAUACAAACUCCAAAGAUACCAAUUCAGAGAAAGAUACCAAUCCAGAGAAAGAUACCAAUUCAGAGAAAGAUGCCAAUCCAGAGAAAGAUGCCAAUUCAGAGAAAGAUGCCAAUCCAGAGAAAGAUACCAGUGGAAAUACGCAACAACGAAAGGGUUCAUACAAGAAAGAAGUCAUGAUGCCUGCGUGGCAAUUUUUCAGUUUAAUACCGUGGUAUACCGACAAUACACCAACAAACGAUGCGCAAGUUGCAGCCCAUUUUUCCUCAAAACGGCCGAUUCUUGGGAUGUGUCUGAAACGUUAUUCCUUCUUGCCAGACGGGAGGGCAGUCAGACUCAAUACACACAUUGAUAUACCAACCGAGAUCGGCCUGCCUCACUUCAUCCAAGAUGACAACUUGGAUGCGGAUGCUCCUCUCUUUGGAAGCUUUAAACUCUCUCUGCAAGCCCUGGUCUGUCAUAGAGGUAACUCGGUUGACUCGGGGCAUUAUAUUUCUAUUGUUCGAGGUACAAAUUGCCCCAAUACCGGCACUCCUGUCACUACUGGCCAAGAAGUCCCGGAGACAACAAAACACUGGAUGCGCUUCGACGAUCUCGCAGCAGAACGAGUGACACUGGUUGACAUUGACCACGCAUUGAAGACCGAAUCUCCCUAUCUUCUAUUCUACCAAAUUCUUCCUAUCGGCGAAGAUCCAUCUGCGCCCAACAUCCAAGCAUCAUCAUCCCGAGCGUCAGACGGCAGUACACUAGCCGACCAAACAGAUCUCAGUGCUGAGGACUUUUCUCCUGACCGACCAAGUGUUGAGGUCACAGGGCCAUGUGAGAGUAACGCGCAAACAUUAGCUAGUAUCGCAAGGCGAUCCAGCGUUGCAUUCUCAGAAACCAGCAACCCGGCUGGUCUUCAGCCGCGCUCUAUUCCAUCCUCAUCACCUAGGCUAGCACCGGCGGAAGAAGGAAGCACAAAGGGGACAUCGUUCUCGCGCCGUGGGUCUCGCUCAGCCAAGAGCAAUCCCGGAAGCCGUGCUGGGAGCCGUGCUGGGAGCCAAACGGGUGAAAAUAGAAUCAGUGCCACUUUUUCACGCUUUGCUGAACGGCUUAGUCGGGAUAAAAUUAGCAAUGAUGGAUUUACCGAGGAAAAUGAAGGGAAUGAGUCUGUACUGGAAAUUGAUGACAUUGUGGACGAUAUGAAACUUGGGCCAGCUGCCCUUGAGAACAAGGAGAAGCGUGGAAGAGACCGAACGAAGGAUCGCGAGAGGAAUAAAGGGAAGGCAAAGGAGAAGUCCAAGGAGAAGAGCAGGAAAUUGGACCGGGAAUGUGUAGUGAUGUGA